UUUACAGGCAGCCAACCAUUCCCAAUCAACCUAGACAACUGUUUGUCUUUACUGACGGAGAGGUGGGGAACACCAAAGAAGUCAUCAGUCUGGUGAAGAAGAAUUCAGGCUCCCACAGGUGUUUCUCUUUUGGAAUUGGGGAAGGGGCCAGCUCUGCUCUUAUCAACGGGUUGGCCAAGGAAGGAGGAGGUCACGCUCAGUUCAUCACAGGGGAAGAGAGGAUGCAGCCUAAAGUGAUGCAGUCGCUGCGAUUUGCUCUCCAGCCAGCUGUGGUGGACGUCUCAGUCAAGUGGGAUGUGCCAGAGGGAGUUUCUGUUGGUGCUCUCUCCCCACCAAUCACAACACUUUUCCAGGGUCAAAGGUCGCUGAUUUACGCCCAGCUUACUGGACAGAGUUCAGAGGCAGCAGAGGGCUCUGUGACAGUAAAGUACAGCCUAGCAGGUCAUCCCUGUCAGAACCAGCUCCACUUCAGUCUCACACCUGCAGACGACACUGGAUUAACAGUUCACAGGUUGGCUGCUUGGACUCUGAUCCGCUCCCUGGAAGUCGAGGAGGAAAAGGAAGGAGGAGAGCACAAUGAGGACGUGAAGAAGACGGUGGUGGAGCUCAGUGUCCAAUCAGGAGUGAGCAGUGCCUUCACUGCCUUUGUUGCUGUCAACAAAGGCAACGGCGAGGCGAUUCAAGGACCUAUGGCUAUUGUAAAUGUCCCAGUAUCCACUACCAGAUUUCUUCCUAGUUAUGUGUGUGCUCCCGAUGACCCUGUGCUAUUGUCUGCAGAAUUUGCUACCAGAUGUGUUUCUUAUAAAUUGUGUGCUCUCGAUGACCCUGUGCCAUAUUUUACAGAAUCUGCUUACAGAUAUGUUUCUUAUGGUCUGUUUGACCCCAGUGACUCUGUGCCAUGGUCUACAAAAUUUGACUCUGCAAUAACGAAGGUACAAUCAGUUUUCAGCAGAAUUAGCAGCUCCUUUAAGCGUGGUAAGAAGGCCUCAUCUCAGACCAAUGCUCCAUGUGGGGUCGCAGGUACCUUCCUGCGACUGGUCUCCCUCCAGAAGGCGUCUGGCUGCUGGGAGCUGGAUCCAGAUCUGGCUGCUGUACUGGGAAAGACCACCGAUGAGGUGGAAAAGUCAAAACCUGCAUCGGAGAACAAAGAAGUGUGGGCCACCAUUCUGGCUCUGAUCUGGCUUCAUGGUUUCAAGAUGGAUGCUAAGGAUGAGUGGGAGCUUCUGGCAAUGAAGGCUGUGUCAUGGCUCCGUGCUCAGAAUGCACCAUGUGUGACAGAGUGUGUAGAAGCUGGGAAUGCUCUGCUGGGUGUCAACGUGCAGAAAGAUGCCCUGGGACUCUGAAGUUGUCAUCAAAGCGGUUUCUCUUUAGGAUUGGUAUACAGAAGCAGAUUUACUUGAGCCUCUGCUGUAUUUUCUCAAUGUUGCACCUCAUUCUAUGCACUAUUCACAUUGCACUGCCAAACUCCAUGGAGAUGUACAUGGAGAAACACGUGUUGCACCUUGUUAUCCUUACUAUUUGCAGUGUACUUCAUCCAUCAGCCAUGUAACGGCAAAAAACAAAUGAAGCUCUUCUGUUUUAAGCUGUUUGAUGUUGCUUUUUAUCUGAAACAGUCUUUAUUCAUCUAUGAUAUUUUGACAAAGUGAAUGCAAAUGCACCAUUAAUAUGUAAACUGACAAUACAGGAGGCACACAUGCACUUGAGUGGACACUGAAACUAAUGUAUCUAUAGGCCAGAAUUACACUACUUUUCCUGUCCUGUCCUGUCCAGCCUAUAAUCCACAUAAAAAUCUAUAUGAAAACAAGAUUGUGAGCUUUGUUCUCAAUGUUGUCUCAUUACUGGGGAAGUUUUUUAAUAGAUUAAAUGCAGAUACAUUAAGACUGUCCCCAAUUGUAUUGUGUAUUUGUAUGUAUUCUAUGCUAAUAUGUCUAUGUUACUAGGGUCCGGGCAGCUAAGCUGCCAGGACACUAUUGUAAUCCUAGGUAUUCUUCUUCUUCUUCUUCUUCUCCUUCUUUCUUCUUCCGAGGAAAUCAUACUUCCCAUGGGUGAAAACUCACCAAACUUUGCACAAAGGUCCAGUCUCAUGCCAGAUAUUCUCAGCUGUAAACUCAAGCCAAUAGUCCUGAUGGUGGCGCUACAGCAAGCAUCUAAAGUUCAAAACUUUCAAAAUUCAUAAAUCAACCAUAUGUGCUACAACUUCACAACUUUCAUCAAACUGUAGCCCCAAUACUGAAGAAACGUUUGUACAUUUAAACCUAUUAAAAAUUAUGAAGUUCAUCACUGUUUUUUUUCAAAAACUCUGAAACUUCUUAAACCUAUCUCCUCCCACAAUUUUUGCUCAAUUGACACCAAUCUUGCUACAGAGCAUCUUCAGACUGUCCUACACAAACGAUCCACACGGAUUUCUGAUUUAUCGAAAAUUCAGCCUACAGUGCAUCAAAAUGUUUGACUGUAAACGGUACUGUAAACAUAUACAUGCAAAUUCUUGCUAAAUACAUCUUCAGUGUUCAUGAAAAAAUGACAAAAUUCUAGAGUCAUGGUAGAUGAUGUGUGGCAAAUUUUAGAAUUUUAUCUCAAAAACUGAAUUUCUUACAGCAUUUUGAAUUUUGCUCUAAUGUGAACAAUUGGAGUCAAUGUAAAAAUGGUAAUUUUAAACAUCAGUUUUUCAGUUUAUCAGUCAUUGUUACAAACAAAUUACCAACAUCUCCAUGCUGUCUAGAUGCAAUAUGUGUAUUUUCAGAUUUUUGUCUUAACUGAAUUUUUUACAGUGGUUUCAAAUCUGUCUUUCCAUGUACGGAUGGCUGCUUUCCUACACAACAGUGAAUGGCUUACUCAGUUUGUGAAGCCACUGUUGAGUUGCUACUUGCCAAUUAGCUCAGAGCAGUAGAUGAUCGUCUUAGGUUCCCGAGGUUGUGGGUUUGAGCCUCAACUGGUGCAGGAUCCACAUUGUAAUGUAAUCAUCGUCUUGUGCUCCAGCUUAUUGCUUAAAAUUGCCUGAGCAUGACUGAUCACUGUGCAGCAUCUUCAAGUCUUUUUUCUGCUAGAAAAUCUGCCUUCUCAUGCUUGAAAAUAAA